CUCCCGCCGCAGCCGCGGCAGCAGCUGGUCUCGGUGUAAACAAGUCGAGGCGGCUGCGAACCGGGCCGGGGGGGACGGCGCCCAUCAGGAGCGCCCCCCACUCCCAGGCCAGGCUACCCCGCGGACCGGGCCCUCCGCGCGCCCAGGCGAGGCACUGGGCUCCCUCUGCUCCCCGUGGGCCGCUCCCCGCGUGGGGCCACUGCCCUUGGCCCCCGCCAUGGUGCGGAUUUCCAAGCCCAAGACGUUUCAGGCCUACUUGGAUGACUGUCACCGGAGGUAUAGCUGUGCCCACUGCCGUGCUCACCUGGCCAACCACGACGACCUCAUCUCCAAGUCCUUCCAGGGCAGUCAGGGCCGUGCCUACCUCUUCAACUCUGUGGUGAACGUGGGCUGCGGGCCAGCAGAGGAGCGGGUGCUGCUGACAGGUCUUCAUGCUGUCGCUGACAUCCACUGCGAGAACUGCAAGACCACUUUGGGCUGGAAAUAUGAGCAAGCCUUUGAAAGCAGCCAGAAGUACAAAGAGGGGAAGUACAUCAUUGAACUCAACCACAUGAUCAAAGACAACGGCUGGGACUGACCUAGCGCCUGACGCAUGUGGCUUCAUCCUGGCCUGGCCGCCAGGGGGAGCCACUGGUUUCGCGCCUCCUGAAGGGAGCUCUGGACCCUCAGGGCCCCCACAGGGGCAGGAUCCAGCUCCUGUACAUAUAUUUUAUUGCAUGCACUGUGACCUUGGGGGGGAGACCAGGAGGGGGACUGCACCCCCAGUACCUCCCUGCGAUCUGGCUGGCUUGGAUCUCAUUUUUUAACCCCUUCCUGUCCUGCCUGCCCCGUAGAUAUGGCCUGUGUGCUGCUGUCAUGGCCCCGGUGCACUAUCUUUCUGUGAACUUCUCCCACUGGAUCCCUCCUACCCGCAGUGUGUCUGUUCUCGUUCUGUAGCGUUUGUAAAUAAUAAAACAGUGGAAUGGA